AGGUCACGCGCCGGUGUGCGGGCUGGGAGAUGACACCUGUGGUGGCACAGUAGAUAAAUGGGCCCCGCCAGCCUAAGGGGCUACUUUCCACCAUAGCGUGCAGAACCCUUCGGCGGUGUUAAUUCGUCCUAUCCUCACCCUUGAAAGACCCUCGCAAUGGCGCCAAAGAAGAAGGAAGAGCCCAAGCCGGUGGAAGCUCCUAAGCCUGAGCCCGAACGCCCCAAGACGCCAGUGUUUGACUCUGCAUCAGUGAAGAGAUUAGACGUGUGAAUGCGGCGUACAUGCUGUGAUGCAUGUCUCUUACAGAGCACCAGGGACACCAUGUGACAUAAACACAACAGUGCAUGCAGACAGAAGUAUUGGUAAACCCGAGUUGGAGUUCACCCCUGAGCAAAUUGAAGAUUUCAAAGAUGCCUUCCAGUUGUUCGACAGAACACCCGCCAAUGAAAUGAAGAUAACUUACGCACAGUGCGGCGACCUCACCAGAGCCCUUGGUCAAAACCCAACCAACAAGGAGAUCAUGUACGUUCUAGGAAAGCCCAAGCCAGAAGAAAUGCAAACCAAGAUGCUGAACUUUGACGAGUUCCUGCCUAUGCACCAGCACUUCUGUAAGGGGAAGGACAGCGGGACGUAUGAGGACUUUGUUGAGGGUCUGAGGGUGUUCGACAAGGAGGGCAACGGUACAGUCAUGGGCGCUGAGCUCAGACACGUUCUCUCAGUAAUGGGUGAGAAGCUGAAGGAGGACGAGGUGGAGCAGCUGAUGCAGAACCAGGAGGACGCCAACGGCUGCAUCAACUACGAGGCCUUUGUCAAACACAUCAUGGCGUCUUAAGAAAAUGAUGACUUCAGAAGGCCGGAAUCGAUGUAUACAUCCAAUUCUAUCUCCCAGUCUUCACUUAUGCAUAUUGCGUUACAAAGGACUUUUCAAUGUUGUUUGUCUUGAUUGAGUGCCCGACUUGGAGGCAAGAAACAGUAUACAUUUGUUGCACAUAAACCUUGUUCAUAUUGUAACCUAAUUAAAUUCGGAAAUAAAGGAUACUUUUUCCAACAA